CAACAAAUUGUGCCUAAAUUGUCCUUAGUGUAUUAUUAUAAAUUAUGUUGGAUUAAAAAUACUGCUGCAUUUUACUGUUAUAAAGAUGUACAGGGCUAUUUGAUGCCGUCUAUGAAACAUUUAUGCUGCAUCAUGUUUGAAUUGGACCCAUAGGAUUGGACCAUGCGACUACUUUUACAUUUUCCAAUCCUGUGUCAACGCUGCGUUAUAAAACCAUGUUGUUGCAGUAACAUUACGUGAAGUACGUAACUCAAUUGUCUGCUGCGGAGUUACUAUGCCUGGCUGUGAUUGGUCGAAAUAAGCCACUUUCGGAUCACGUGAUAUUUCCGUACGUGGGUAUAAGCGCCCGUUUAUUGGAGAAUGGAUCUGCAUCGUCAUGACAAUGAUAAAGCCAUCUUUUGUGCACUAUCACAUUUAAAGCUUAUUUAGCCACAAAGCGAAAUGUACACUGUCUGAUUCUAAACAAACUGUUGGUGUAAAGGAAAGAUAAAACCUAUUAGGAGCUAACGUUGACCCUGAUGUGUUAACUGUCGCUGCUCCGUAUCCGCUCCUCGCCUCCUCCCGGGUAUCUCAGCUCCGGAGCCGCUAUGGACGGCCCUCUGCUCCCGCUGAUCCUCGUCCUGCUGUCCGCCUGCUCGGCUGUCGGAGACCCGGCGGGAUCCGACCAUGUGGACGGAACUCCGCCUUCUAAAAUAGCGGUGGUCGGGGCGGGGAUAGGCGGCAGUGCCACAGCACAUUUCCUGCGGCAGCACUUUGGCCCUGAGGUCCAGGUGGACGUGUUCGAGAAGGGAGAGGUCGGAGGUCGUCUCGCCACCGUAACCGUCAAUUACAACGAUUACGAGUCUGGAGGAUCCAUCAUUCACUCCCUCAACCUCCAUAUGCAGGAGUUUGUCAAACAGCUAGGUUUAAAGUAUCGCCGCAGCGUGGCGGGAAAGACGGCGGUGUUUAACGGCGAGGAGAUGAUCCUGGAGGAGACAGAUUGGUACCUGCUGGACCUGUUCCGGCUGUGGUGGCGCUACGGCAUCAGUUUCAUACGCCUUCAGAUGUGGGUGGAGGAAAUUAUGGAGAAAUUUAUGAGGAUCUACAAGUACCAGGCGCACGGCUACGCCUUCAGCUCUGUGGAGGAACUGCUGGACUCUCUCGGGGGGAGUGGCUUCAUCAACAUGACCCGAAGGCCGCUCUCUGAUUCGCUGCUGGAGCUGGGUGUGUCGCAGCGCUUCAUCGACGAGGUCAUCGAGCCCGUCAUGAGGGUCAACUACGGACAGAACGUCAGCAUCCCCGCCUUUGUAGGCGCUGUGUCUCUGGCUGGUGCCCAGAACAACCUGUGGGCGGUGGAAGGAGGCAACAAGCUGGUGUGUUCUGGCCUGCUAAAGAUGGCCAACGCUAACCUUCUGCAGGCACAAGUCAACUCCAUCUCACCCCUCUACUCAGGAGAGGCUCCUCAGUACCAGCUGAGCUUCACCACAGCGUCAGAGACGAAGUCGGAGCUGUACGACAUCGUGGUGUUAGCGACUCCACUGCAGGCCAGCGUCAGAUCCGGAGUCCAGUUCCAGGGUUUCACCCCUCCCUUCGACGAGCUCCCUGGCAACUACCACAGCACUGUAGCAACCAUCGUCCAUGGUUACCUUAAUACCUCUUUCUUUGGUUUCCCGGACCCUCGCCUCUUCCCCUUCGCCAGCGUCUUGACAACCGAGUCGCUGGAUGUGUUUUUCAACAGCGUGGCGAGUGUUUGUCCCGUCAACAUCUCCACAGGCUUCAGGCGUAAACAGCCACAGGAGGCCGGAGUCUAUAAAGUGUUUUCUCGACAACCUCUGGUGAAGGCUCAGCUGAAAACAUUGUUCAGGUCGUACUACUCGGUGCAGGUGACCGAGUGGCAGGCCUACCCUUGUUACGGUAGCAGCCAGGGACUCCCCCCUGUGGAGCUCCACCCAAAUCUCUACUACCUCAAUGGCAUCGAGUUGGCCGGUAGCGCCAUGGAGAUGAGCUCAGUGGCGGCCAAGAACAUCGCCCUGCUGGCCUACCACCGCUGGAACGGACAGACGGACAUGGUGGACCAGAAAGAUCUGAUGCACAGGAUCAAGACUGAACUAUGACCGGGUAAACUGGAAGCAUUGUGGCAUCACAAAGCUGGUGUGCCGGAAAAUGUCUGUGUUAAGGUACAAGAUUUUACAUUUGAAUCGUGAUAUGUCUCAAGUAGCGAAAUGUAUUUAGAGACACUUCCGAGUUAUUUAUUACUGAACACAUCUUAUACACUGAAUAUAUGAUAGUAGGUUGAUUCUAAUGUUGCACUGCCUUAUCUUAAAUAAACGUAACCAUGCAACAAAGAAGCUAGUAAACAUUAAAAUAGGGCUGCACAAUAUUUCAGCAUCCAGCGCAUGUGCGAUAUUCACAUAAAAUAAAGUAAGUAAAGCAAAUGAACUCCAACACGUCAUGCUAAAAUAUGUUUUCAGGUCAAAUUAAAGGAAAAGAUUUCAAUGACUGGACAACAGGAGAAGUCUGUUUGAUAUAACAUCAUUUUACUCUGUUAAUAUUGAGCGACAUGCAUUAAUAUUUGUUCCCUUUAUCAAACAACCAAAGUGGGCCCCGCUAGUCUCUUACCACAACCCCAAAUAUAAUUGAAGAACAGGUCAAAGACAAACGCAUCUUUGGUAGUAUGGAAAUACUUUGGCUUACAAAAGGAUGAUGCACAAGAACGGUUUAAAAAGUCCUCUAUUUUUUCUUUAUGAUAUUGCAGAAAUGGCAACAUUUUCCAAUACUGUGCAGCCCGUUAUGAAGGUCGAAUGAAGUCUAGCAUUCUAAUCACAUCCCAACUAUUUUGCUGAUUGCUUCAUUCUCUUUGCCAAAGAGACAUUGCAGACAUUUUGCCGGAUUGGUUCAGGAUUGAUUGCUAAUGCUAAUUGGCGGCCUCUUCCAAAAAGUCUCCUGCAGGAUGCUUUUCUUUGCCAAGACAUAUAGAAACAAAGCAACCGUUGAAAACACCAGCUAAUAUUUAUCUCUGUGGGACUGUUGCGUAUGGGAUGGAUCGCUUAUUUCACUGUCUUGUGGCACAAAAACCAGCCCUCUGUCAUAUAAUCAAAUAACAUCAGCGCUGCUUUUACUGUAUACGUUGAAGGACUGUUUGUGGACACCGAGGACUCAUCUAGUAAUGUCAGUAGGAUGUUGGUAAAUAAUUAAAACUGAUUCAGUGACUCAUGGUCGUGGCCACUGGCGCUAUGCUCUAUUGCCUCUUUCAUCAGACGAUUUCAUUAUCUCUACUUCCUGCUGCUUUUGUUGCGUAAUCCAGCGGAAAGAAUUUUUUCGGGAACAGAGCCAACGAGCUUUCACACUGGACCAGAUGAAAGCAGAGGACAGAUCUAUGGAGCUGCUGGCUGAUGACACGUUUUCUUUUUCUUUUUUUGAAACAUUUUGACUUUCCCUAAAGCUUUAUUGAAAUUCUGCAUUUUAAAUAAGUGCUGUAAUCUUUGAAAAACUGAUGACUCAUGCAGUUGGACAUUUGCUUCUGGAAAUGCUCAAAAUGAUGGUAUGGUGAUGAGAAAACUGUUGAUUAUCCUCAUGAGGCUACUUUUACAUUUCAUUUAUAAUGUUGGAUUCGGACGGAAGUGGAUUUCUGGACUCAGAAAAACUUAAUUGAAUUGUGCUCAACUGAAAAUCUUGUGACUGCAAAGGGUGGCAGUCACAAGUGAUUGUGUCCUGUGAUGAGAAAAACAACACUUCCCUUUUAAUCUCGUGGAAUUCAAAACACCACGUUGGCGCCAGAAAGAUGGUGGUGCAGCUGAACGGAGGAUUGUUUAUCUUUUUCAAAAUGAAAGGUCUUUAUUAGCAGCAGCUGUCUGGCAGUAGUACCUUUUUAAGAUAUGCUGUAAAAUAAACAGGAUGCACGUAUUAUCAAAGCAUCUUUUGGACUGACAAAACGAUUUGAAUUCAAGGUCAACUUUGUAUAUAUAUCAACAGCAUCUUCAGGAACUUAAAAACGAAGUGGUCUCCAAGCAUUUAUGGAGGUUGUGAUGAUGGAAACUUAAGACAAAGAGAGAAGGGAAACCUUGGAUUUAAAUGAUUUUGUCAAACAACACAAACAACUGUUCACACCUUAACGCUGCUUCUCUAUGAGCGUAGCUUUCUGCUCUGUACUGCACAUAUCAACACAUUGUAUGUUCCUGAUGAAGAAGUUCCUGCAGAACCAUGCAGCUGUUAUAAUGAAUAAUGUGCACUCUUCUGACUGUUGAUCAAAUUAAAGUAUUGGACCGUA